AUGUGUGCUGGUCAUUUCACAGUUCACUUACGAACUCUUCAAAUUGAUUACAGUGACGAUGGAAUUCAGCUGUUAUUGUUGUCUGCGCUCGAUGACUGCACGAAAGAAAAGGAAGUUGAGCUAAGGCUAGAUGGCAGUGAUCAAAAAGCUGUCCAGAAAAGAAAGGCGGCUGCUAAACGAAGACGUGAAGUUUUGUUUGCGGUGAAUAAGAAGAAUCGGAAGUCAUGA